UGGUUACUGUCUAGGAAGUUAAAAAUAUUCAACCUGGAAGACAGCGAAACAAUAUUGCGCGUGCAUUUCCUCAUCAACACAUCUUGUGAUUUGUUGCUUUUUUAAUUAAAUAAACUACAUUACCUUUCUGAAUCAUGCUUUCGACUGCCGUUCAGGCGUUGCAGAUACUGUAGAUCUGUACUGCUCUAGUACUUCCUUGUUUACAUGAAUAGUAUAAUUUCUUUCGAGGUCUUCGAUUUGAGGAAGGGGGACAAUGUUUCCUGUAACAUUGAGUUGUAUGAUUGCCACUGCAAUUAUCUUGCUGUCAUGCCCCCUGUUUUUAGAGGGUAAACAGCCGCCGCACAUAGUAUUCAUUCUAGCUGACGACUUCGGCUGGAAUGAUGUUGGAUACCACGGUUCAGAGAUCAAGACGCCGAAUCUGGACAAACUGUCGGCUAAAGGUGUCCGGCUGGAGAAUUACUACGUUCAGCCUUUAUGUACACCUUCCAGGAACCAAUUUAUGACCGGAAGAUAUCAGAUCCACACAGGCAUGCAGCACCAGAUCAUCUGGCCAUGUCAGCCCUACUGUGUCCCUCUGGAUGAGAAGCUGCUGCCACAGCUGAUGAGAGAGACAGGCUAUGCCACCCACAUGGUGGGAAAGUGGCACCUGGGCAUGUACCGCAAAGACUGCCUGCCAACACGCAGAGGGUUCGACUCCUAUUUCGGCUAUUUGACAGGCAGUGAGGACUACUUCAGUCACCAGCGCUGCAGUCAUGUCCCUCUCCUGAACGUGACCCGCUGUGCCCUGGACCUGAGAGAGGGGGAGGAGGUUGCUACGGGAUACACAGGGACCUACUCCACUCAGCUGUUUACUGACCGGGUUACCAGCAUCAUCGCUAAACACAACUCCAAAAAGCCCCUCUUCCUCUACGUGGCUCUUCAAGCGGUCCACGCCCCUCUACAAGUUCCAGAGCGCUACGUCGCCCCCUACAGUUUCAUAAAGGACCCAAACCGCAGGCUGUAUGCUGGUAUGGUGUCCGCCAUGGACGAGGCUGUGGGCAACAUUACGCUGGCACUGCAGGAGACCGGCCUCUGGGACAACACUGUACUGGUCUUCUCUACAGAUAACGGGGGUCAGACUCUGGCGGGGGGUUCUAACUGGCCUCUGAGAGGCAGGAAGUGGUCACUGUGGGAGGGUGGGGUUAGGGGCGUUGGCUUCGUGACUAGCCCUCUGCUGAAACAACCUGGGACCGUCAGCCGCCAACUCAUACACAUCUCCGAUUGGCUGCCGACACUGGUGGGCCUGGCCGGGGGAUCGACCGAUGGGACGAAGCCACUGGACGGCUAUAAUGUGUGGAACGCUAUCAGUAAAGGUCACGCUUCACCCAGACUGGAGCUGCUACACAACAUUGACCCUCUCUACGUUGACAUCGCUCCAUGUCCAGGCAGUGCUUCCCAGGGGUUGCCUGUCUCUAAUGCUCCAGUGAGGCGUGGAGGCUCCUCCUUCAACCCUUGGUCCUGGUCCAACUCAGGCUUCAACGUGUCUAUCCACGCUGCCAUCCGCAGCAUGCAGUGGAAGCUGCUGACUGGCUACCCAGGCUGUGACCGAUGGUUCACCCGUCCAGGCUUGGAGAACAGUUCUAGAACCAACAGUUCUGCUUCUGUCAAUCCCCUGAAGCCUGUGAUGCUGUUUGAUGUGGAGGCGGACCCAGAAGAAAGGGAUGAGGUGUCUGACCAGCACCCCAACGUGGUGGACAACCUCCUCAGGAGACUAGGCCACUACUUGCAGAGGUCUCAGCCAAUCACCUUCCCUGAUGACGACCCCAGGUGUGACCCUGGCACUGGAGCCUGGGGGCCCUGGGAAUAGACACAAUGGUGGGGAUGACGAUGAAGGAGAAGUGUAAAGUGCCAGAUUCCAGCUAUGAAGAGACAUGAAGAGUAUUCAAGAUCUCAAUGAUCACUUUUCCUCCGGGAG